UUCAAACACUACAUGGGUAAAUACCAUUUAAACAAUUCAAACACAUCCUUAGGCCAGUAAGCCAUCCCCUUAUUGCAAUUCGGACUGACGACGACGACUUGUUCAACUCUCCCGAUCGUAAUCGAACUGGUUUUCUUAUAUCUUCAUCGCAUUCCGAAUUUCUGCAUUGCAUUUAUUUGAUGAUUAAGUCGGCAUUACAUGGACGGCAUAUGCGCAUAUCAUAACAGGAUGGCAAGGAGCAUGGUGCGGUUGGGCUCGAUUUGGGCCCCUCUUUUAUUGGUGCUUUUCGCCGCCGCUACUUUGUUAUCAGAAUCUUCCGAUCCUGACUAUGGCACUACCAGGAUAAAUUGGAAGGAAUGGUCUCAGGGCUAAGAUCUUUGAAUGCAAAAGAUUAACUGGUUUGAAAAUGGGGGAUUAUAAGAACUUCAGGGGGCAUACUUGAAUUUGUGGGAUUGUAAGGCCGGGUUUUAUGGAUGCUUGAAUUUGGUCAUGCAAAUGGUUUCCGCUAUACAACAGAUUAAGAAUACCAAACUCAUGCUUUUUCACAUUAAUUUUCUAGGUGUUGUGUGGAUUAGAUUGACAGCUUGCUGUAAAUAAGAUGGAGGUAUGCUUGGGUUUCGAUGCUUUUCUUAAACUGCUAAACGUCAACAUUUAUUGGUCUGUGAAGCAUAAUGUGAUGAACAAGUUCGUGGUUUUGGAGCCACGCUGUAAAUUUUGGGAUUUUAUUGAUUGGGCCUUACUUCAAAUUAUACUGAUAACACUAUAAUGAAGCAGCUAAAUGGGCUCCUUCAUGUUGCAGCCGGCAAGAAGGUUCCAGAACUUUGCUUUCUUGACUGUAAUUACACUGCUCAGGAGCUGGAUUAAUGGUGCAGGCCAAGAAUGUUACUUAUAAGAUUGCCAAGUCAGAGAUAUCGAAUAGAUUAAUGGUUCAGGCAGUAGUCUCAAGAACCUAACAAUCACGAACCUGUAUGAUCAUGAGAAAUUUUGGGUUGUAGGCUGUUAUAAUUCUGAGCUCAUAAUUUGUGUGCCAGACUUGUUGUUUUUCUGCAACAUUGGACCACUCAUGUUGCUUCACUGUGCUGAUAAAGUCUCUUUGGAUUAUGUCUUAAUCAGCCUUCUACGUUUACAUCAUGGGCAUAAAGGUGAAUACAAGAAACCACUUAGUCCUGGAAGUUGAUCAGGCUUUAUAAUGAGAAGGCUUCGACUCUGUCCACUCUUGUUGCUAAGGUAUGUGGACACUGCUUCGCUUCUCUUUGUAAACAGAAUAUAUAUUAUUGGCAAUAAUUUUCAAAUUUUUAUAUUGAGGACACAACCAAUGAGUUUCCAUUUCUGUUUUGGUUUUGUUACUUGAGAGGGGGGGGGGGUACAUUCUAAUAGAUGUACUACCAUAUCCGGAAGCAUUUUAACUUUGAUUAACAAUAAUAUUCUUCUUAUACUCGUAAAUUCUAUGAUUGUGUUAUAUCUCGACUGGUGAGUUCUUCACUUAUUUCCGGAUGAAGAAUAAAGAAAAUCUGCAGGUAUUUCUGGAAGUUUGUGCAACAGCCAAGUUAAAAAAAAGGAAAAGAAGCAAGCUUUGUAAUCUAUAUCAUUGCUGACAACCUAAAACAAUAGCAAUGUUGAAAUACACAAGGAUGUAGAGUUUGAAUGUCAAGUGAAAAGAAGCACUGAAAUGAGGCUCGAAGCAAGCUCUGAUUGGGCGUUCAUAUAUCUACUGAUCUUGAUUUAGAAGUGCUAAAACUUACUUAGUACUUGAAUCUACAUCUCUAGCAUGUCUGUGAAUCAUUGGCAUCUAUCUUCUUGAAGUUGUGGUCGUUCUGGACCUCUGAAUGUAUGAUUGUGACGGUAUUUAGUGGCAGUGGAUACAGUGGUGAGUUACAUGUAGGGGACUCUAAGUUGUAUUAAAUGUAAAUUACUUCAUAUUUGAUGGAGUUCAGAGACAAGAAAGUAUAGAAAAGGAUCAUUUUUAUUAUUAGCUGUAGAGAAUUAAACAAAAACAUGCAAAUAAUGAUCCAAAAUGAGAUAGAGUAGCUUUAGUCUAACUUGAUUCCUACUUUUUCUGCACACUUCCCUUCUCUAACAAGGGUGCUAUGUAUAGAUAUUUACAUAACAAGAGAUAAACUAGGUAUUCAAGGAUUCCAAAAUUAUGCUAAUAGAGACCCAAACUUUAUGCCAAUAGUUUCAUGUUCGUUCUCCAACUAUAGUUUACAUUUCCUCUUUUUUCCCCUCUCUCUCUAUCAGGCAUUUUCUAGUUUUACUACUACUAAAGGAGUUCUUUCUACUUUCCCUAUAUUUUUAUCCAAUAGAUGAUGAGCUUACUAGGACAUAUUAUUACAAAAGCCAAACUAAGUUGUAUACUCGGCUAUAACACAGAUAGCUCUUAGUUAUUAAAUCAUGACACUAAAUGCUUAUAUGCGAAAGUUUUUACAUACCUUAAUCAUGCCUUGAUUUGUAUGAUACACAUUGCUCUCUUCAAUUUUCACGGCUACAAAUGCAAGUGCUAAAAUUAAAAUUAGAUUGUAUCUUGCAUGUUUUGGUACCAUCCUACCUAAUAAUAAAUUUAAAAUACUUGGCAGAUGUCUUUUGUAUUUGAAUGACAUUUGAUAGUUUCUUUAUAUACUAGUACUCUCUUCGUCCCUGAAAAAUAUGAACUAUUUCCUUUUUAGUCCGUCCCUGAAAAGUAUGAACUAUUUCCUUUUUAGUCCGUCCCUGAAAAGUAUGAACUUUCUAAUUCUGGAAACUUCUUUCUCUGUAAUGAGGUGGAACCCAUUCUCCACUACAAUACUUUAAAAACUUUUUCGUUCUAUCUCUCUCUCUUACUUUUCCAAUUAUGCAUUAAAACCCGUGCCGAACCAAAUGUUCAUACUCUUUGGGAGGGAGUAUUACUUUUUGGAUUGUCAUUUUUUCCCAGAAUAAACCCUGAUAUAUUCAAUUUUAACCAUUGAGAUUCUAUGGCAACAAUAAACAUCUCUAGGAUCCGAAAUAUACGCAGAGGAUUUUCUUUCUUCAUUUAGUAAAGCACAUUAUUGGUGACAUUGAUAUAAAUAAUCAGAAUGGUUUAUGGUCUCAGAUGAUUUGUUGGUUUUGACUAGUAUUUGCUGAUUAGAUUAAAAUGGAGUAGUGCAACUGCUUUAGUAACGAAAUAAUAUGGCGUAUUGGUUACAUGCAUGAUACCACAUGUGUGUUAUACAUCUUGGUAGGGAAUACCAUGAUCCAUGUCAAUUUUUCUUCCUUAUUUCACAAUCCUGCUUUUUUAUUUAUUUAGUUGGCGUAUGCAAUAUUCUUUUCUAUAGUAACUUUUAGGUGAGGGGCUGUAUCUGAGUUGUCAUAAUUUUCCUUCCUUGGGCAUAUUAAAUGAAUGGAAAAACCUCAUUACUGCCACCACUCAAUUGGCUAAAUUUUCUCCUCCGUCCCCUCUCUCCCCAUUUAGGUUUUCUCGAGAAGGCGGAAUAGUUUUUCCUUUUUGGGGGAUAAGUGCACUAUUUGCUGGAUCUCGUAAACAUCUUUGCUGCUGCAUUUAACAAAUGGGGUUUGCUCAUAAAAUUUUAAAAUGUUCACAACCUGAGAAUGAAAAAAUCAUUGAACAUGACUGGCUAAGUAAUCUGCACAGUGAUAUCCUGUACCACAUUCUAUCAUUUCUCAGCGUUACUGAAGCUACGAAAACCAGUUUGCUUUCAAGAAAAUGGAGAUACAUUCCGGAUUCAUUACCAUACUUAAACUUUGACUUUAGAGAUUUCUGGAACCAGGAGCAAUGCUUAGCUUUGAGUUAUGAUGAAUGCAUGAUAAAAUUUUGCUCAGUUGUCAAGUGGGCUUUCAGAAUGAGAGAUUUCUCACCCAUCUUUAGAUUGCGGCUCCACUGUGAUUACUUUAAUGCUUAUCAGCUUCAGUCGCUUUUUUGUCUUUGUUUUGUGAGAAAUGUCCAAGAAGUUAAUAUUUCUUCUGGAUAUGGAAUCCGGCGGUGUCCAAUUUAUAGUUAUCUACAUGCUCAUGUUGAUGCAUUCAUACAUAAUGUGAAUAGUCUGGUUAAGUACAAUUAUCCGUUAGGGUUUUGGAAUCUCAAAACCCUGAAUUUGGUUGGAGUUCACUUUCCUGAUGCUGAUAUAGCCAAGGAAGUGUUAAGUGAUUGUGGUGUUCUUGAGAAUUUAUCUCUGGAACGUUGUUGUUUUCGGAUUAUAAAGUUUCUCAAGAUUUCAGCCAAGAGGCUAAGGAAUUUGAACUUUGUAAACGAUGGUCCUUAUUGGUGGGGACAUAUGUGUAUGUUUCAGGGUAAACUGGAACUUCAUACACCUAACCUUGUUUCUUUCUACUAUAGUGGGCCAGUGAUACGUCUUUGUCAAUACUCAGAUAUGUUUUUUUUGAAGAAUGCAUCGAUUAAACUUCGAAAUCAAAAUAAUCCAGGGGGCUUAUCUGUAGACUUAGGUACAAUGAUUUCAGGAAUUCGUCAUGUGGAAGAGUUGUCAGUAUCACCAAAUUUUGUCCUGUACUUCUCUCCUGAAUUAUGUGGAUAUGGUCGCAAAUUCAGUCCUUUUGACAGUCUAAGGUGCUUGAAGAUUGAUAUGAAAGGCAUUGUGGACCAUGUUGAGGGUCUGAUAAAGUUACUCCAACAUUCUCCAAAUCUUGAAGCUCUAUGCAUCCAAUUUAUUCAGAUGCUUCAGUCCUCGAGGAUAAGCCAUUGGAUGUCCCGAGAAGUGGACGUCCCAUGUUUGUCGCACAACUUAAAAGAAAUUGAGAUUGUUGCGUGCCGUGAUCCAGUAAACUUUACAGAACUUAUCAAGUUCUUCCUUCAAAAUGGAAAGUCUCUAGAGAAGAUAAAUAUCAUUCAAAAGGAACAAAGACUGAAUCUCGAGAGGUUUUAUGCAUUGCAUGAAGUUCAGUUAGCGUCUGAAGCAGUUUCAGUGUCCAUCAGUUCAGCCUCUGCUUCUGGAAGAAAGGAGUUGAUUAAGCUUGUUUAUGGGAAAUGUGGUUUGAGCGUAGUGACAGAGACUGGUAUAUCGAAGAUUAGAUUAAGAAGAAGCAUCAGAAUUGCAGCGAAGAAAUCUGCUCGCUUGGUGAGAGGAAAAUGAGGUGUGCGUCCAUGAAUGUUGCGAUGAUCCAGACAUCCAGAGAAACAUCAUGAGUAGAUUUUCUUCUAAUUGCUCAUCUGUAUCAUCAAAACAAAAACUAGCUAUUUAUAAGGUCACAUUAUUAUUUAUAGCUUACGAUUAUAUUAAACCUUUUGGAUAUUCUGUCGCCAUCUAGACUCGAGCACGAGCUAUCUUGGCGUGUUUGUGUUAUUUUUUUGUUGUUAAGCAGUGUUGUUUAUAAUUGUUUGGUAUUGUUGAAACUCUGUGAUAUUGGUAUUAGUAUUCUUGCUGGUCUAUUGUAUUU